CCCUCGGCCGAGUCCUGGCCCGGGGAGGGGAAAUGGCUGCCUUGCUCCAAGGCUCGGGGCGGGUUGCGCAGGCGCCCGAGGCCUUGAGUCCUCCUCCUGCUCCUCAGCCGCCUCCCGCCCAGAGGAUGAGCCCCGAGGAAGGGCCUCCGAGGCCGAGACCCUCGGUGCCUCCGCCGCCGCCGCCAUGCGCCAGGCCCUGACCCAGGCGAGGCCGGCCUCCUCCUCCUCCCCGGCCUCCGGCAGCGCCCUCCCGGUCUCCGUCUCCCUCGGAUCCUUCAAUAGAAGAAAGAAGAAUGCGCUCUACGUAACGGUGACGCUUCUCAUUGUGUCUCUCUUAAUUCUGACCAUUGGCCUUGCUGCCACCACAAGGACCCAAAACGUCUCAGUCGGAGGUUAUUAUCCAGGGGUUAUUCUUGGUUUUGGGUCGUUUCUUGGAAUUAUUGGAUCAAACUUGAUAGAAAAUAAAAGGCAAAUGCUGGUUGCUUCGAUCGUGUUCAUCAGUUUUGGUGUUAUUGCCGCCUUCUGCUGUGCCAUUGUGGAUGGUGUGUUUGCUGCCAGGCACAUAGAUCUUAGGCCCCUGUAUGCAGGACGGUGUCAUUACUACUCUAAAAGUACAGCCUCACCAGAGGCUGUCUGCCACCCCCAACACCGAAGUACAAGUUGCAUGCCCAAGAUUAAAACUAACACCUGUUUCUGCUGUGACCUAUACAACUGUGGAAGAGUGGAGAUUUCCGGUGGGUAUUAUGAGUACAUUGAUGUCAGCAGCUGCCAAGAUAUCAUCCACCUUUACCAUUUGCUCUGGUCGGCGACCAUCUUGAACAUUGUGGGCUUGUUUCUGGGAAUCAUCACUGCUGCAAUCCUGGGUGGCUUUAAAGAUAUGACUCCCUCACUCCCUGCUCUUAACUGUACAUCUGAAAAUCCUCGGUCAGCUGUAUCCUAUUAUUCAAGACCCCAGGUGACAUCUUACAAUACAUACUAUCACAGCACUCCCCACCUGCCACCAUAUUCGGCAUAUGACUUCCAGCAUUCCACCACGUUUCAAGCCUCCACGCCAUCUGAUCCUCCGUCAUUAUCGCCAUCGCCGAGCUACGUGUGGUCUCCCACAGCACCUCCCCGUUACUCUCCACCGUAUUUUCCACCUUUUGAAAAGCCACCCCCUUACACACCGUAGAUGGAGGAGCGGGGAAGUACUGCCACUGGAACUCAUUGUGAAACUUUUGUACUGCAGUUAGAGGGGGGUAGGGAGUAGGAGAGGGGGCACAUCACUGCAUAACCAAGUAUAUAAAACAUCUUUGCAACACUUCUUUUGAGUAGCUUUGGGCUGAGGCCAAAUUGAUGAUCACGGAUAGCUUCUAGAACCUUCAUUGGCCAUGGCCAUUUGUUUUGGAUGGGCUUGGAAAACUGUUCUGCAGGAUGGAUAAAGAAGUGGCUUUUAUAUCUUGCUGUACUGUUGCUAGUUUGCUAAAGGUAAAGUUUGGGAAAGUUCCUUUUUUGGAGUACAAUUCCCAGAAUCCCCUCAACUACCUCCCAAACUCUAGCUAAAGGCAACUGGUUAGCCAAAGCCUAUUGUUGCCUUAUCCUGCCCUGCUUUUCCCCAGAGGUGCUUCUAGUGCAAGGGUGGGCAUGUUCCCGUGCCAUAAAGAAUGCGCCUACCAAUUUUCAACUCCACUGUUGCUCUGGAGGAUUGCAAUGCACUUUAGUGGCCACCAUUUUGGACAAAUGAAAGUGAUGUCACAUCAUGCUCAGUUGUCUUUUGGUCCAGGCUGAAGAACCCCUGGAAUGUAACUAGUUAUGCUGAUUUAAAAGGGAAGAGGCCUAUGGCCUUCCAAGGGUUGUAGGACUAUAUGGUUCCCAUCAUAUCUGGUCAUUCUGGCUGAGUUGGAUGGGUGUCCAUCUGCAUGUGGAGGCCCAGCAUUUUUCCACUUUAAAGGAAACGUGGAGAAGUUGUGGCCCUCCAGAUAUUAGAUUGUAGUUGCCAUCAACCUUAGCUAGCCUAAUUAAAGGUAAGGGAUGAUGGGAACUGCAGUCCAGCACUAGGAGGCCCACCACAUUCUGUUCCCAUGUUAAAUAGAUUUAAGCUCCAUAAAGGGUAUUUAUCUUUUAAGUUAGUAAGAGAGAGAAAAUAUAUAUGUGAUAUACAGAUCUUUAAUUCUGUGCCCAGAAAACAGGCCUUUAAAUGAGAAUGAAGGAUGAGCUGUUUGCUUUUGAGAGAUGUCUUAUUUCUUACGAACAAAAGCUUUACGUUGUCAUGAAGAGUAUUGAAAUGCUGCUGUUUGCUGUGUGAAUAAGAUCUUACCGAUACUUGGCAGCGGAUUUGUAAGCACUGAAUCACUGUAGAAAAAUAAUGGCUGCUUCAUGCAAAAUUUCUCCUUACGCAUACAGUAUAGGGAAAAUGUCAAAAAUGGAUUGCCCAUUUAUGUAGGUUUUUAUUGUAGCAAACGGAGUGCCAUAAAAUAGACUGCUAUUUGAAUUAGUAGAAAAGCUACACAGUAUGGUUGAAUGUCUUAAGUAAAUGCAGUUUAUAUUCCUCUUUUGCUGUAAAACUGAGGUAGGGAGCGUUUGGGCAUCCAGAUGUUACUGAACUGCAGCUCACAUCAGCACUAGCCAGAUGGUGAAGGCGGAUGAGCAUUGCACUCCAACAACGUCUAGAAGACCACGUUUUCCAACCCUGCUGUCAAAGGAUGCGGUGAAUGUAGCUGCUCUGUACUUGCAGAGGAUUUCAAAGGCUCAUUGGAACUUAUGGAUGACAUAUUAACAUAAAGGUAACCUUAAAAGCAUUUCCUGUUAAAACUGCUAAUACUUUACUGGGUUGCUUGUUGUCAUAUUGACGUGUACACUGGUAGUACAGAUGCUGUUAGUCUAACCUUUGCCCCUCAAAAAUCCAGAUAACAAAGAGCUCGUUUUGACUUAGAUUGAGCCAGUAUGAAAGAGGAAAAUUUGGCCUGUGAAAUUACUGCCAUUUAAUAACAGAAUUUUAAAAAGAAAUACCAGGACAUGUGAGAGCAUACUUCCACAGGUAAGUAUGUUUCAGUGUUGGUACAUGCUUUCACAUCAGUUUAGUGAAUGGGACGGCAAGAGGCAUUUUGGCAGCAUCCACGUGCCGUUCUGCAGGCAGGCAAAAGACAUUGUUUGCUGUUGUGUUUUUAAAAUUUCCCAUUUUAAAAGAUUAGGAAGCAGGUAACUGGGAAAUACUUGUCUGAAACCCUGGCAAGCUGUUUCCACUGAGAGUUAAGGUCUUUUUCACACUCCACAAUUGUAACAGCUUGAGGUCACUUUAACUGCCAUGGCUGCACCCUACAGAAUUGUAAUCUGGCACGGCACUAGAACAGAAUUCUAGCAAAGAAUUCUAAAUACCUCACAAAACUACAAGUUCCAGGAUUCCAUAGAAUGGAACCAUGGCAUCUGAAGUGACAUUAUAGUGCUCUAAUUGUAAAUUGUGAAAGAGACUACAUUUUUGGGCAAAUAGAACCAGCAGUCUGCUCUUGUCUAUGGCAGCUUCCUAGGGCAAGCUCUGUCUGCUCUGGUUUUCAGAAAGGUGCUUGCAAAGUGUAUUCAUCAUUUCCUAUAGCCUCUUUGGCAAAACUGCUAGUUUGAGUGUAAUUUAAUUACACCUGUGGAUUUAAAGGAAAUGUGGGAUACCUGAAGUUGUCUGGAUGGACUGCAUCUCCCAUGGCUUUAUCCUUGGCCUUCCUGGUUGGGGCUGAUGGGAAAUGAGAGUCCAACUUUAACUGGUGUGAAGAGCUGUCGGAGAGUAUUGUGAUAGCCUGGGCCAUGGGCAUGUGCCAUAUAAGCCACAAUCAUGGAAUCCUGCAAAAUGCUCUUCAUGCAUUAAGAGCCAUGUCAUGUGCCACUGUUUUUUAAAAAAAUAUGUUUAUUAUAUCUGUGGCUAAAAUGCGCUCAUUCACCCCAAUUUUCUUGCAUUAAGCCACCUAGAUAUACAAAAAUGCUUUCAUAUCAUUUGCUCAAUUUUAUGGCUUUUAAUCAAAACAUUUUUAAAAGAUUGAUUCUGAAAGCAAUUCAGCAGAUUCAUCCCUCUUUCCCUCCAAAAAGCACCCCAACCAUCUUAUUAUUGCUUUAGUCCCCAAGCUAAAAUGUCAUUGUGUUAAACUCAUCUGUAUAGCAAACACUGGUGUAGUAUUCUGUAAAUAUACUAAAAAGGGACAUAUGUCAGGGAUUCCUUCUAUCAUACAAUACUUGCAUUUCAUUAUUAUUGUGUGCCAAAGAGAUUGUGUAGAUGGCCUUGUGGUUGCUCUUUUAGGACAAGGGUGGUAUAUUGUUAGACUACCUCGCCCAGCAACCAUAGGAAGCAUAGCCACUGGCAAAAAAUGCUGGGAGCUGCAGUUCCAACAUUUAGAGGGCCAUACAAUUACCACCUUUGCUUUAAGAGGACGCUUCUUACAUUUUAAAGGAAUUACUAAUGACAACCUUUGACUUGGUAGAAGUGUAUACAUUAAAUAUAAAUGUAAAUACAAGAUAUGCAUUGUAUCCAUCCUUAAAUCCAUUUCUGUGAGAAUGUAAUAUAUACAAUUCGUGUACCUUGAAUAAUUUAUAAAAUCAAAAUAAAAGUGGUGACAAUUUUG